AUCCCUGAAACCGGAUAACGGUUGCAAACUAGCCGGAUUAUAUGGUCGAUGCACAUUUCGCAAAAAACACCGCAACGAAAUGUCUGAAUUAUAAAAACCGAAAACAAAGCUUAGUGUCAAUAAUUUUAACUGAAUCAAAUCUCAGAAAUAUUUAGGAGAGGAGAAAUUUGCAGAAAUAUUAUUCAUAUUCAUAAUGUCUAACAAAGAUUUAAAAAAUGAGGCAGUUUUUAAUAAAAAAGAAUUUUUGGGUAUAUUAUCAACCAUAUCUAUGAUCGAAGUUUUGAAGCUUAAGUAUCGUGGUGGAAACAAACAGCAAUGGGAACAAAUGGUUACAAUGGAUGAUGUGUGGAAAAACAAAUUCGUAUGCAAUAUUUGUAAAGCUUGUCAAUAUGGAGAAAAGAAUUUAUUUAGCCAUCUUGCUGGUAAAAAGCAUGUUAAUCAAAUGGAUAAAGUGAAGCAAGUAUUUUUUCCAUCCAUUAACAAAGGACACACUGUUCCAACCCCGAAAAUGACUGAACCAGUCGGAGCUAAAGAUUCCUUGGUUAAUCCUAAGACAAGCGUUGUGAAACCCGUCAUAACUAAUAAUGAGCUACCAACCAUAACCAAAAUCACUAUUGUUGAAGAUAAGCGUCUUAAAAACAACUUAUUGAAGAUUAAAGAAGGGUGCAAAGUAAGUAGCGAAUGUAGCGCUUUAUCAGAACCAUUAUUGCCAACAACUUUGGAUAUUCAGCGGCUUAUUAUGUCAGAUAAGUAUGAUUCAAGUAAAAAAAUUACUUUUGAAAAUAUAACUCAUCACAAGAGAUGUAGCGAAAAAAUUCAAAGCGAAUCUAAUCUAAACCUUAGUUCCUCUGAAAACAAAACAGGAUCUAAUCUGAGUUAUAAAAAUAGGCAACAAUCAAAGAUGGCAAACUUAAAAACUCAACCAAACAUCGUUAGAAAUCCCCUUAAUAUCAAUAAUAUAAAAAUAGCUUGUGUUCCUCUAUCAAAAUUGUUGACCCAAACAGUUCCAGAGGAAAAGACACCAGAGAAGUCGAAGUUGUUCAGCACAAUGGUACCAGACCUUUCAAAAAAAAAGAUGCCAGAUCAAAAACAUGAUGAUGUCAUAGUUAUUGAAGAAGAAAAUCUCCUCGAAGACAUGUCUUUAAACUCAAAGGAAAUAAUCAGCCACAGUACUUCUAGAAGUGAAGAAUCUCAAAAAAUGUCCUUUGUAAGCCCAAAACAUUUUCCUAACAGUUUUCAUGUGUCAGGCGCGACCUUUGAAUCAAUUUCAAAUAAAAAUGAUAUUAUGGGUCUUUUAGGAGUUGAAUAUGUUAUCAAAAUUGUAAAAGGGAUUAAGGAUUCGUGUCCAAAAUUCUUAUGCAGCUUCUGUAAUAUUACGUCCGAUGAGAUAUCAAUGCAUAACCACUUGCUAAGCUAUAAUCACCGCCUUAACUAUUGUGAGAAGCAUUUUCCAACAGCUCUCCGCCAUUUUAAGCAGUAUAUAACUAAUGUACCAGAGCACCAAACUUAUAGAGUAAUGGCUCCAAUUUUGGAAAAACUGGCAAGAGCCAUUGAAAAGCACCACGGUCGUGAAACUGCCUAUCUGUGUUAUGAUUAUUCAUUCAAUAAACGUCGACAACAUAUAGUUUCAAAGGUUUUCCAGCGCAGACAUGCUUCUGAGAGACAUGGUCCUAAUUUCACGCAUGUUAUAGAUUUAAGCGAUAUAAAUUUAAUGAUUAAAACUGCAAGUCGAUCGACCCCUAACAUAGUAACAAGAAAUAAUGCUAUCUUCAACCCUACAUUUAAUACAUUUAACAACUGUAAUAAUAUGUAUAUUGAAAACGAAUUCUUGGCCAACUAUCCAGCUUAUUCACACGCUAUUACUGAGGAAAAUAUAGCUCUUGAUGAUGAGACACAUAAACGAUUGGUGGAUAAUUUUCUAAGAGUUACUAGAAAAAGUCAACCAAUUCGCUACAAACGGGAGUCUACAGCGGUGAGCCGCAACAGAUCGAUAUCAUUGUCUCCUGCGAGAAAGCGUAGGCGAUCAAGUACUUUAUUUAGUUCUCAAUGGGAUAUGGAACGUAGAUCUAUAUCGCCUUUACGAGAUGGAGACAUUUGGCAAGCAUAUCGGCAUAUGGUUGAUCAUAGGGUUCGAGAGUUAAACAACAUUUUUAACUUGUACAAAUCAGAUCCGGAAGAGCAUCCUCUCUAUAAAGAAAACUGGGAAAAGUUUUGGAAGCGUCGUAAGGAUGAACUGAUUACUGCAGGUAUAAAUCAUCGUACUUAUAAUUAUCAAAACGAAUGGAUUUUGUUUUUUAACAUACGCUUGGAAGAACUUUAUAAUCAAGAGGUUGAAAAUAUAAAACAAAAAUGUCGUGAAAAUUUGUGCCUGUCAAUGACUAACAAUAAUUUGGGUGAUCCGAAGUAUCACGUUAAAAUUUCUGAAAGUGAUUCAGAUGACAUAGAGCCAGCCGACGAGCAAGUGAAAAAUGUUGAAAUGCAGGAAAAAACAAAAAAAGAUUUCAAGAAAAUUAAGGUAAUUCACGUCCUGCGUCUUUUAACUGCCUUGGAGGACCACUUGGGAAGCUUAGGAGCAGGCGUCACAGAACUACUUUCCAAAGCAUUGCAAACAUAUAAGUUAGGUUCUGAUAAUGCUGAUUCCAUUCUUCUCAAUCCUCAAAGCUGUGCUAUUUUGGAAACAGCAAAGGAAAAAUUUACAGGCCUCAUACUUUCCAAGAUUUUGGAUGCUGCCCAAGAGCGUGCUGUUAAACAAGCUAUUAAUGAGACUAGACAGUUACUAAAAUAUGCUGAGCAGCUUAAUAAAGACAUCCAAGUAAAUGAUGAAUCCUUCGAAUCAAUGUGUAAAUAUGAUGCAAGUACCACUCAGAAAAAUGAAGCUUUUAUAGAAAAGACAGAGCUUGCAACCAAACUAGCUUCCUCUCUAAUCUCCCAGGGCAAAUCUAAAAUUAAUCAGGAUCAACUGCACCAAAUUGUACAAGUCUACUCGUUGUUUAAGCAAAAAAAGCGCUUAGAAACGCCAUCAGCCCGUAAAUCACUAAGCAACUUACCGCCAUAUCAAGCGUUCCAAAAUUUUAACAAAAGCGACCAAUGUCGCCAGAGCCCAUAUUUCCAAUAUGAUCUCUCUAAUAAUAAACGCAUGAGUUCCACAAUUACAAAUGGUAGUAGCAUGAAUACUAUCGUGAAUGACAUUUCUGCAAAUACAUCUCUAUCGCCUAUUGAUUCAAGUAAUCCUAGCCGUCAUGAUAAAGAAUACCUGCGAAACGGAUAUAAUUCUAGCAAGCAGUAUGGAUACCAGCCGCCGGCUUAUGGAGAAUCACCAAUGAAUAUAACCGGCCCUAACAACUAUAGGGACAUUGACUAUUCUGGAAUGAACACUAAUCGGACUGAUAGGAAUCCAACCUGGAUGUAAUACUACCGAAAUAAUUAUUGUAAAUUUAAUUCGCUAUAUAAUUAUAGUAUUGAAUUAAAUUUUAAUUGUACAGUACAUAAU